AUGCCAGUUGUCUGGCGCCAGGAUUCAGCUGCAAAGGAUGCGGCCAAGGCCCGCCUGUGGGCUGCAGUCGACGAGCAGAAGGCAGCAGUGGCGGCUGAGAAGUUGGCCGUGAAGUCGCUGAAGGCCUUCGGCCCCGAGAUCAAGGCCACGACUGUCGAGCUGAAAGCCACCAAGGAGAGCCUCGAAGAGUUCAAGACCGGAGUCCUCCACAGCUUCACAGAGCUGGCCGAGCGGAGCAGUGUGGUUCCCGAGGCCGCGGAGGCCGCGGAGGCCACGGAGGCGGUGGAGGCGCCGGCUGAAGUGCCUGCGGCGGCCUCAUAA